AUGCGUCAGCAGCAUGAUAAAAAGCACCGGGAUUUGGAGUUUGCUGUUGGUGAUUGGGUAUGGUUGCGUCUUCAUCAUCGGACUGCUGCCGGGAUCACUUUUGCUCGCUUGACGAAGCUCAGUCCUAAGUACUUCGGGCCCUUUCAGAUUCUUGCUCGAGUUGGCUCGGUAGCCUAUCGUUUACACUUGCCUGCAAAUUCUCGCAUCCAUGAUGUGUUCCAUGUUGCUCUUUUGAAGAAGUUUGUCGGGGAGCCUCCUACUACAGCACAGCCAUUGCCUUUGCCACCCAUUGUUCAUGGUCGCGCCGUGCCUACUCCUGAGAAGAUUGUGCGUGCUCGCCUUUUCCGUGGUGUGUGGGAGGUCUUGGUACAGUGGGUUGGACAAUCGACUGCUGAUGCUACUUGGACACCGGUGGACGACUUCAAGGCGACUUAUCCUUCCUUUCAGCUCGAGGAUGACCUGUUUCUCGGGGAGGGGGGAAAUGUUGUGGACUCCUUUUACCCACAGGGUCCUCAACAUGCUGCUGGGGACGGCCCUGACUACUACAAGUGUACCUUCCCCGGCUGCUUCGCCAGGAAGAAGCUGGAGAGGUCGCUCGACUGCCAGAUCAUGGAGAUCGCGUACAAGGGCAGGGAUAACCACGCAAGGCCGCGGAACACGAGCAGGGGCUCUGCAGGCACGGCGGUGCAGGUGCUGCAGAGCGGCGGCGGCAACGCGUCCGAGCGCAGGUUUGGAGAAAUGCCGGCCAUGUCGACCGUCAGCGACACCGAGGUCAUCGACGAUGGCUGCCGGUGGAGGAAGUACGGGCAGAAGGUGCUGAAGGGGAACCCAAACCCAAGGAGCUACUUCAAGUGCGCGAUGUUCGGCUGCCCGGCGCGCAAGCACGUGGAGCGCGCUUCCCACGACCAGCGCUCCUUCGUCACCACCUAUGAGAGCAAGCACAACACAACCACGAUCUGA